GAGCGCCGCGCUACACACGCACACACGCGCGCGGGGGCGGCAUUUUUGCGCGUCCGCGAUCCUGCGCCCGCCGAGCCCCGGCACCCGGCAUCCCCUCCCCGAUCUUGAGCCUGCAUCUCCCCUGCUGCUCGUAUUUCUCCCUGUCUCUCUCCCUUUUUCUUUCCCCCUCCCCCCCCCCUUUACACACACAUGCACCCCAUCAUCCAGGAUCUCAACCGGCGCGGGCGGCUAUCCAAUGAGGAGCUGAACCGCGUGUCGCAGAUGAAGCCGGACCGCCUGCUGGACACGAUCGAGACCAUGGGCCGGCGCAUUGACAUCUGCAUGAAGUCCCCGGCCCUCUACUCGGAGGGUUAUGUGCUGAUCAUCCGCCAUCUGACCCUUGUCAUCCUGGCCCGUAAGAUGACCCUCCCACAUGAGCAUGUCAACCGUCUACUGGCCCAGCGCCGGCAAGCGGACUUCCUGUCCAGCUACCUCGAGGAGCUUGGGAACAAGGUCAUCGAGUUUGUGGAUAAGGUGCGCGAGCGCCAGCGCCAGCAAGCCGAGGCCAAGGCCAAGGAGGAGCGCGAGGCCCAGGAGGCCUCGAAGCAGUCGCUCAGCAACUUGAAGGACAGCAUCCACGGCGGGCCAGCCGACGGCAACCGGGGCGCCGGCGCGGUCGGCUCUGCUGACGAGCCGGACGAGCUGGAGCUCCUCCGGAGGGAGUUUGCCGGGACAGGUGCCGCCGGUGCCGGCACCGCCGGUGCUGCCGGUGCCACCGGUGCCGCCGGUGCCGCCGGCACGGCCAGCGCCGCGGCCUACCCCGACGAGCUGGAGGCCCUGCGUUCGGAGUUCUCCGGGAUGAACACCGGUGGCGGGUCCCCCGGAGGGGGGUCGGCCCCGGGCAACAGCAAUGGUGCGUCCUUCCACGAGGCGACCACGCCGCCGCUGCCGCCGGGCGCCGGGGCUGCCGGGCUGGCAGUGGACCCGGCGCACGGGCACACCCAUUCCCACUCCCCGGGGUCCGGGACCGGGGCCGGGGCCGGGGUGGCAGCAGUGGCGGCCGCAUCCUACGCCACGGCACCCCCUCCGGCCGAUGGCCCGGUGGCGGUCACCCUGCCGGAGGACCUGAUCCGGCAGUUUGAGGCGUUCUCUCAGGCGCAGCUGUCGGCCGGCAUCGAGUCCUGUGCGGUGCUGGCGCUCCCGGCGUCGGCGCUGCCGGCUCCAGGGUCCAACCAUGGUGGCCCCCCUCUCCGGGUGACGCACAUGAUCUUCCCCGAGCAGGAGGGCACCCAGGACCAGUGUGUGACGCUGAACGAGCUGUCCCUGUUUGAAUAUGUCUCCUCGCAGGAUCUGGUUGUCUGCGGGUGGAUCCAUUCGCACCCUAGCCAGCCGCUGAUGCUGAGCUCGAUCGAUCUCCACAUGCACUUCUCGUACCAGGUGUCCUUCCCGCAGGCGAUUGCCAUUGUCUUUGCACCGACCUGCCCAUCGGGCCAGCGGUGGGGUGUGUUCCAACUCACGCCCAAGGGCAUGGCCGAGGUUGGCGCCUGCCGCGUGUCCCCCAGCGAGUUCCAUCAUCACACGUCGCCGCCGUCCGAGCUCUUCCGUCAGGUGCUGGCUGACACCGCCCAUGGUGGCGAUCGUGUUGUCGUGAAGGACCUCCGCCAUUAGAGUUUCCCGGGCCCUUCUCUUUGGCCCCCCCCCCUUGUACAUGUAGUAAUAGUCCCCACAGAUGGGGGUGUGUCUUUGG